UCAUCCCUACUUCGGAUAGAGAAGAAGUGGGGGGGCUCGUUGAGGAUGGCAGAAGCGAGUGCAUCAGCGGAAGCGCGGACAGCAGCGCGGGUGGCGGAUCUCACAGGCGGGGAAUCAGUCGCGGGUUUGGCGGAAGCAGAGAAGACGAGGGGAAUAGAGGCGCUUAAAGGGGAUGCAGGCGGAGAAUCCGAUCCAAUAGGGUUAUGCACGGAUAGGGACCCUAUCCGCUGCGACUCCACUGCAGAGGCAGCAGCUAAGAGACCUCGCUUAGAUACCGAGAGACGUCGCUUAGUAGAGAGUAAGGAGCCAAUUGCGAGUGACCGCAAAGAAGAGACAAAUGCGCCAGGAGAAUCCGUCUACAUUGCUGGCCGGUACCUCAAGUUCUCCCGUGCUUUAAGCCAGUCCCCUUGGACGGUGGACGAUGGGCAGAUGGGGGAUGGCUCGGUUCAGGACGCCAUAGCGUCCCAUCUCCUGCCGCUCACCCACCCUGUCUCGCACAAGUUCCAAGCCGCCGGACGAGAAGACAUCGAUGUACGAAUGCUCGGUUCUGGCCGACCAUUUCUGCUGGAAUUCAAAGGAGCAAAGCUGGUGCCUACUGUUGGAGACCUGAAGCGGAUAGAGGGGGAGAUCAACGAGCAGGAGAGAGGGAAGGUGGGCGUGUUGCAGCUGCAGCUGGCGGAUGCGCGGGUGUGUGCGGUGAUGCGACAAGGAGAGGCAGAGAAACAGAAAUCCUAUGUGGCAGUGGUGUGGCUCUCUCGACCAAUCACACAAGCUGACGUGGCGAAGCUGGAGAGCAUCAGAGACCUGGAGCUACAGCAGAAGACUCCCAUUCGAGUGUUGCACAGACGAAGCCCACUCACACGCCCUCGAACCAUCUACAGCAUGCAGUGCCACCUGGUGCCAUCGAACCCGCACGUCUUCCUUCUCCACCUCACCACUCAGGCUGGUACUUACGUCAAGGAAUUCGUUCAUGGUGACUUUGGCCGCACCCAACCAAAUGUUGGGUCACUGCUGAAUUGUGAAGCCGAUAUUCUUCAGCUCGACGUGGUUGAUGUCAAAAUGGACUUCUUGUUGUAACGAGAGCAUUUUCCCCUUGCAGUUACUCUGUGAAUAUAUACUCCUAAGAAAAAAAAUCGUUUAGAAAUCAGAAUUCUUAAAGCUCAGAUUCUCUAUACAAAAUAUGG